UUGACAAGUUUCGAUGAUAUUUGUUUUUGUUUUUCAUCGCAACUUUUUUACCAGUUUUCCAUCCGAAGUAACACAUUUUCGCCAAUAAAAAUGGUUGUAGGUGCAUUCCCAGCCGCCAAACUUGGCGUUUUGGCAAUGAAACAGAUUUCCAAACCGAUUGCCAAUGUUCUGAAGACUCGUGCUAAGAACAGUCCCUUUUUCAGGACAUAUAUCUGCAUGCCACCGGCCCAAUUCUACAACUGGAUGGAAGUCAAGACCCGCAUGUGGGCCAUGAAUUUGGGAAAACCUACCGUAGUACCCACUCUGAAUGAAGCACAAGCCAUCGAGCUCGGUGCCAACUUACUGGGCGAGUUUGUCAUCUUCACAAUCGGUGCCGGAUUGCUAAUUUUAGAAUAUACCAGAUCGUCACGAAAAGAAGCCAUGAAAGAGGCAAUGGUGGAACAAGAAAAAGCCGAACUACAUGCAUACAUCAAUGAACUGGCAUUUCGGUUGGAAAAACAAGAUGCCCAACUACGAGAAAUGGAGCGCGUUGUUGCGUCAUUGCAUUCAAGUAGAUGGACACCCGUUAAAAUAUUAAGCGAUCUCACCACGAGCAAUAGCAAUAAGAAAGCGGAAAAUGAUGAUAGGAUACGUAGUGAUCCUGUGACACCAUUGGGCUCUUCCGCGGCGGGUAAUACUAACCCUCAUAAUAAUGUCGUUUUUAAUGCUUUGGACAUGAUACACAACGAGAUUUUUUAUAGAGAAGAAGAGCGAAACGUCGAUCAGCUCGCCAAAGGAAGAGGCAUCGUCCAGAAGUCGUUAGUCUAUUUAAUCGGUGAUGACUAUCACGACUUUUCUAGUAGUAACGAAAAGACAGAGUUGUCUCACGCAGACAAAAUCUCACAAAGUAGUCAAUAAUUUAUUAUAUUAUUUUAUGAAUAUUCUCCUGCGACUUGAAAUGUACCUCAAAAAAUCGGUAAAAUUACGCUUUUUAAGAAUAUGAUUUAUGAAAUCACCAAAAGAAAAAAAAUCACGAACAAUAAAACAAAAGUUUAA